AUGGGCGCCCAACAGUCCUCGGAUCGCCACCAGGAACAAUCCGGUGCUGGCCUUGCUGCAGCGAAGAUAUGCUAUUAUGAACUUCUCGGAGUCGAUCGUGAAGCUACCGACGAAGAAAUUAAGAAGAGUUACCGAAGGAAAGCGCUCGAGCUCCACCCGGAUCGAAACUACGACGAUGUCGAAAAUGCCACCCGUCGCUUCGCCGAGAUCCAAUCUGCUUAUGAGGUUCUAUCCGACCCUCAGGAGAGGGCUUGGUACGAUUCGCACAGAGAGGCCAUAUUGCGGGGCGCGGAUGCCGAUGAUUACGACCACCCCCCUGAGUUCAAUAACAUACGCCUGACGUCUACGGAGGAUAUCCUUUCGCUCAUCCGCCGCUUCAACUCGACGGUACCGUUCACCGAUGAUCCCAUGGGGUUUUAUGGUAUACUAAACGAAACAUUCGCACACUUGGCAGAUGAGGAGGACGCUGUAAGGGAUUCCAACUCUGUUCAUAUGGUUGACUAUCCCCCAUUCGGCGAAUCGAGCGACGAGUAUGAGCCCAAUGUCAAGGCAUUCUACGCAAGUUGGGCGGGCUUCUCUACUGCAAAGACAUUCGCUUGGAAGGAUAAAUACCGACUUUCCGAUGCCCCAGAUCGCCGUGUGCGGCGGGCUAUGGAGAAGGAGAAUAAAAAGAUGCGCGAUGAUGCUAUCAAGGAGUUCAACGAUGCGGUCAGGUUUCUCGUCACGUUUGCCCGAAAGCGCGACCCCCGCUAUCUCCCGAACUCGCAGACUGAUGCCGAACGCCAGUCUGCGCUGCGCAGUGCUGCUGCUGCACAAGCAGCGCGGUCUCGCGCCGCGAACAUGGAGAAGUUGGCCGAGGAUCAUUUGGUGCCCGAAUGGGCCCAGUCUCGACAAGAUGAUGCCGAUGCAGCGAGCUUUACCCAGAGCGAAGAGGAGUCCGAAGUUGAGCACAUAGAGUGCGUAGUCUGCGAUAAGACUUUCAAAAGCGAGAAGUCCUUCGAGGCACACGAGAGGAGCAAGAAGCAUCUCAAGGCAGUCCAACAGCUUCGGCGCCAGAUGCGGGCCGAAGAUGUGGACAUGAAUGCUGAGGUUCUUCCAGGGACCUCGGGUGGGACUGCAGCAGACCUCAGGGACGGUGACGACCAUAUGGUUCACUCUGGGGAUGAGGAGGUGAGGUCUGUCGACGGGCUCGACGUACUAAACGAUGUGCAGCCGCACUUACCCGUGGCUGGAGGCGAGGAGUCUAAGACAGCACUAUUGCCCACAAAUGGCGGUUAUGUCGACAACGUAUCGAAUACUGACGACGACGGUAACGAUAACGAUGAUGACGAGUACGCUUCUCGUGCUACCGUUGAGGGAAGAAUCGCGGGCGUCGUAGACACUAAAGAUGGGCUGGAUGGCACCCACGCAUCAAACACGGAUAAAGGUAGCGGUUUUAGUAUGGAUGAAAGGAAUCACCUCGACAUACCUGCCAAGAAACCUGGCAAGGCGAAAGCCAAGCGGGAGAAAAAGGCAGCGCGUGAGGCUGCUGCACAACUCGAAGAGCCACAACAUCUUUGCGGUGUGUGCCAUGAGGCAUUUUCAUCCAAAACAAAAUUGUUCAUCCACAUACGUGAUGAAGAUCAUGCUGCGCCGAAAACCACAGGCAUACCCAACACCAAGACGCGGAAAAAGAAGCGAUGA